ACGAGAGAUCGGAUGAGUGGUUCAUGUGUUGGGAUACGAUUUAUACUUGAAUCUAUGUCGAAUUCAGAAUGGAGACCUGGACUAAUCAAGCAUUUUGAACGUGCGAUGUUAAACAUGUAUAAUGGUGUUACUGAUCCUCUCGGAAAUUGUUAUAUUUGUACGACUAAACACGUGGGAUAAAGCGUCAGUCGACGACUAAAUACUCCAAUGUGAUCUAUUUUCCCCCAUCGUUACAGGGAGCCACGAUGACGGUUCGGAGAAAGGGAAACAACAAAGAACUUGAGGAUGAAUUGUUUACAAGGACUAGUUGGGUAAAUGCUGCAGAGGCUUAUAGACAAGUCAAAAAGGGGAAAGCAGACGGUAACAAAGGUGCUCUGUGGUUACGAUGUCACUUACAAAAUUACUUGUUUGCCAUAGGCAGUUUCAUUGACUUACAUUGUGGAAAAGUUCUUUUCGUGGGAUUAUUGCUACUUUCAUUGUGUUGUGUUGGCUUGAAAACGGCUAAAAUAGAAACUAACAUCGAGGAAUUAUGGGUUGAAGAGGGAGGUCGAUUGGAGGAGGAGUUGGAUUAUACUCGGAAUACUGUAAAUACGGGGAGUGGAAUUACGAGUGAACUUAUUAUACAAACGCCUAAAGUAAAGGGCAGUAAUUUAUUAGAUGUGCAAUCAAUGCAACUUCAUUUAGAGACAUUACGAAAAGUAACACAGAUUGAAGUGGACAUGUUUGAACAAUCAUGGAAUUUUAAAGACUUGUGUUUUGUAGCUGAUUUUCCAGAAUUUGAAGAGAUGUAUUUAAAUGCAAUUUUAAGCCAUAUAAAACCAUGUAUCAUUAUGACUCCAUUGGACUGUUUUUGGGAUGGUUCCAAACUUCUUGGACCAGAACGAGAUUUCCAUCCAGAAUUGGGUAUUCAAUUGAUGAAAUGGACAAAUUUGAAUCCAGAACAGUUAAUAGAUAUGAUGAGAAAUGAAAUUCCUUCUGUAUAUAUUGAAGCUAUUGAAGAUGUUAUGAAAAGGGCCGGUGUCACUACAGCAUAUCAGGAAAAGCCAUGUUUAGAUCCUACAGAUCCAAAUUGUCCAUCUUUAGCACCUAACAAACAAUCAAGGGAGUUGCCAGACAUUGGUGGUGCACUAACGGGUGGUUGCUAUGGUUUCGCCACAAAAUACAUGCAUUGGCAGGAGGACCUGAUUGUGGGAGGCAUUUCCAGAAACAAAACUGGCCACAUUGUCAGAGCGGAGGCCAUGCAGUCUAUUGUACAGCUUAUGGACGAUCAGCAACUCUUUGACUUCUUCAAGGUCACCAGUAAAACGAUUAGCAUUGACUGGACACCGGACAAGGCUAAGGCCAUUCUGGAAGCAUGGCAGAGGAAAUUUGCACAGGUUGUCAAUGGAAUGGGCAAUUCAACAUCACCUGAUCAGAUGUUAGGGUUUUCAACUACCUCGCUGAUGGACAUCAUGAAAGAAUUCUCUAACGUUAGCAUCGUCAGAGUGGUGUUUGGCUACGUUCUUAUGGUAUUUUAUGCCUGUGUUUCAUUGCUGCGGUGGAACAAUGGAGUUCAAUCUCAAAGUGGUGUUGGAGUUGCCGGCGUUCUCCUUGUAGCAUUGUCGGUGGCAGCAGGUCUGGGGAUAUGUUCUGUGUUAGGGAUACCUUUCAAUGCCUCUACUACACAGAUUAUUCCAUUCUUGGCAUUAGGACUUGGUGUUGAUGAUAUGUUUCUGAUUGCACAUACAUACUAUGAAAAUGGCAACAAAAGAACCAUACCCUUUACAGACCAGACUGCAGAAUGUCUAAAGAGGACUGGAGUGUCUGUGCUUUUGACUUCUGUCAAUAAUAUGCUGGCUUUCUUCUCUGCUGCCAUUAUCCCAAUACCUGCUCUCAGGGCAUUCUCGCUACAGGCUGGUAUUUUGAUCCUCUUCAACCUGGGUUCAGUAUUGUUGGUGUAUCCAGCCAUCUGCAGCUGGGACCUAAAGAGGAAGGAAGACAAACGGGUGGACAUCUUCUGUUGUAUCCAGAGUUAUGCUGAGAACAACAACAAUACAGUGAUUGAUCUGGCUCCUAGUCGUAACGAGUUUGAGAUGCGUGAUCAGAGCCCUCCUCCCUGCUACAGUGCCCCGCCCCCUAGUUACAGUCCCAGUCCACCACCUAGUUACAAUGCUGUGGUCAAUGCAGGGCCGGAUGGGGACCAUGUCGUCACUUCCCUUGCCCCAGAGGGCUUGUUUGUGGCGAGACCAUCCCCUCUUCCUACAUUGUGCCCUUCCACAACUUCUUCACGCCAGUGUUUGACCCCUGAUGACCGGGUUAGCUGUAGAGAGCGCUUCGCCCAGGCUCAGAGGGAAUGUCUCAGCUUGAGCCUUACUAGCUUCGCUACACGACGGGUUGGACCCUUUUUGAAGAAACCUCCAGUCAAGGUUUUCACAGUGUUGUCAUUUGUUAUCGUGUUGAUGGUCAGUAUCUAUGGCAUUACCAAAGUAAAGGAUGGCCUUGACCUUACCGACAUUGUUCCCAAGGGCACUAACGAAUACAAGUUUCUAGACGCACAGUCGGAUUACUUCGGCUUCUAUAAUAUAUACCUAGUCACAAAGGGAGAUUUCGAUUACCCUAACAACCAGCCCUUACUAUUGGAAUACCACAAGUCAUUUCAAAGUGUAGGCAAAAUUAUCAAGCGUGAAGAUGGCUCCUUGCCCAACUUUUGGCUGAUCAUGUUCCGCCAGUGGCUGGAAGAAUUGCAGUCAGUCUUUGAUCGUGAGUAUUCGGAGGGACGGUUGUACCGGGACGGGUGGUAUAGAAACGCUUCAGACAGUGGAAUACUGGCAUAUAAGCUGUUAAUCCAGACUGGAGAUGUGGACACCCCUUACGACAAGAAUCUGUUCCCUAACAACCGUAUGGUAGAAAAUGGCAUUAUUGCCCCCAAAGCAUUCUACAGCUACCUCACAGCUUGGACAUCUAACGACCCCAUGGCAUAUACUGCAUCCAUGGCUGACUUCCACCCCCCAACCAAGGACGAGCCUCACGACUCCUACGACUACGAACUCAAAAUAUCCAAAGCACAACCUUUGAUUUAUGCCCAGAUUCCAUUUUAUCUCACCAACCUGUCCGACACGGAGGACAUUCUGCAUACAAUCAAGAUGAUACGCGCAAUCUGUGACUCGUUCGCCGAGCGAGGUUUACCAAACUAUCCAAGUGGUGUACCAUUCACAUUCUGGGAGCAGUACAUCAACCUUCGCUUCUAUUUGAUGCUGUCAAUCCUGUGUAUCUUAGUUGUCACCUUUAUUGUGAUCACCAUUGUCCUUAUGAAUCCCUGGCUGGCCAGCAUUGUGGUUGUUGUUCUGACCAUGAUAGUGGUUGAGCUCUUCGGGAUGAUGGGACUGACUGGCAUUAAACUAAGUGCUGUACCUGCGGUCAUCCUUAUCGUCAGUGUUGGCAUCGGCGUGGAAUUUACAGUACAUGUGGCAGUGGGUUUCCUUACUGCCAUUGGAUCACGAAACAGACGUACAGUCAUUUCCCUACAGCAUACCUUUGCUCCAGUUGUCCAUGGUGCCAUUUCAACGCUUUUGGGAAUCGUCAUGCUCUUAAGUGCAGAGUUUGAAUUCAUUGUCAAAUAUUUCUUCAAUGUACUGGCCGCAUUGGUUGUGAUUGGUCUUCUCAACGGCUUGGUGUUAUUGCCUGUGCUUCUGUCCCUCUUGGGACCGAAAGGAGAGGUGAGGCCCAAGGGAGAGCACCCAGAUAGACUAGAAACACCAUCACCAGAACCGUCACCAAAACCAAAGAAAAAAGUACCAGUGCGCACAAGGAGUAGUCGGAGGUUAUAUCCCAGAGUGGCAUCUGACAACUCCUUGACGACAAUCACAGAGGAACCAUCACAAUACUCCUCUCAUGAAAUCAUAGUGGAGCCAGAGGUUGUCGUGGAAACCACCCAGGUUCCUAUGGUUGUCAACUAUGACAGUAGCAACAACAGUAGUAGAAAUAGUACACCACCAGGUUCUACUGCCUCCACACCACUAGCAUCCCACAUCACACGGGUAAAGGCUACAGCCACUGUCAAGGUGGAGGUCCAUACGCCCAUUAUGCCUGGAGGCACAGUGGAAAUGUCAGUGUCAAAUCAAAACCGCAAAAGCAAAAGGCGGAAAUUGAAAGAAUUAGAAAAUUCAGAUUCAGAUUCCAGUAGUAAAUCCUAGCAGAAGAUGUAAUUCUGUUUGGACGAUUGGAAGGUGCUAAGGUCCUGCGUUAUAUAUAUAGACAGAUACCAGGCAUCAUGUGAGGACUUUGUUGUCCUUUCUUCAAUGCUGUGCCACAUUUCUCAGUAUUCUCUCAAAUAUGGUUGUGUGUUUUCCAUUACUUGGAAGACUGUACCAGUAAUUGCUAAACUGUGAUGUUCGAGGUUACCUGGGGAGUGGAUGUGUCGUCAGGAGUCCUAUAACCAUGUCCCGGCACAUCCAUCCUCCAGGAGAAUCGCUGAGUGACUGGACACUCGUAUUUCUGUUCAUACUUAUAAUAAUUAAUAUAAAGGCAGCUGAACUUCAAUGCUAGAGGACAGCUGUGUAUGCUAAUGGCCAGUGUUAUCCUUCAGAUCAAUGCUAAAUAAAUCUCAGGUGUGUGAAACAAAACUUCGUUAGCAGGUGUGCAGCAUGCAAGCUCAACUCUUCAACCUACUGUUGUUACGUGUUCAAAAAACGACACUGGGAAUAACUAUGCAAGUUGUGUUGAUAAAAAGAAAACAUUUACGACUUGGAUUCACGUAGUUAAUCUUCAAACUUGUCAACGGUGAUGGAGCGUGUGGUGUCAAGCACAGACCUAACCCUAAGAGUGGACUGCAUGUGUAUUACACGGGUUUCAAGCUUAACAAGCUUGUGAUUGCUUUUUCAAGGAAGGAUGAAAUGUAGAGAAUAUAUUGUAACUUCCAUGUUACAAAAUUAAAAAGAGACAUGCUCCUUCUAUUGUGAUGUGUGGAGUAAGACUUGAAAGCUCUUCAUUCAGAUAUGAGAUGACAGAUGCUGUCACUGUACUGGUCAUCUGGUACGUCUUGUUUCUGCUUACUACGGGUACUGUAUAAUAAAUAUUAUUAUAUGUUGAUUGUCCUAAAGCAAAUGUCAUUUAAUAUUAUAAAUCCUGUUAAUGUCAGGGGACUUACUCAUUAAAAAUAAACUAUGAAAUACGCCAGAUUGUUGGAAGAUUAACCAUGAAAAAGACAACCAAUUCAUUUUUUUCCAGUCAAUUUUUUUCAUUAAUAUUUUUCUUAAUUUUUUUGGACUUCUACAAAAAAAAAAAAGUUUUUUUUUAACAUCAUAUUUCUUUAGUUUUCUGUCAUAGUUAAAAAAAAAUUACUUGCAUACUUUUAUAAGAAAUGAACAAGCAAUUACAAUAAUGUUUUCAAGACUUUUCAGUUCAAUCUUUGAUCAAUCUGGCUUUAGAUGUAAAAUGUUGACACCAAUAUUUUUUAUUAAAUAAUUGAUGUAUUUUAUUUAUUUAUGAAAUAAAAAACAAAUGUUAUCAUUCAGCAGAGAAGCAUAGCACUUACUCCUAUAAUCUUAAAAGUAUUAAUAAAUGGUGCUGUGCUUCUGUGCAGAAUUUUGCUCACAAUAAAAGUUGUAAAAAUAAUUUUGUUACCAUGUAAGAUAUUCUGUAUGUAGGAGUUACUAAGUUUAUUAUCAGAGGCGAGAUGUUUGUAUAUGUACAAACCUAUGUAUUAAGAUGUAAAAAUUAUUUGUAUAGUGCUGUUAUCAUAAUAAUUUGAAUAGGGAUGCCAACAAGAAGAUACAAAGUAUUAUACACUGGGGUGUGGGCGGCACAGAUUUGGGGUUAAUCUUAAUCAGCGAUAUGUUUGUCACAGACGAUUUUAAUUAUAAGUUAUCAAGGGCAUUGAUGACAUUGUCAGAUGGAAAGUUACUGAUAGUGGGCAUUAUUGUAUUUACAAAUAUAUGAAGUUUAUUUUUAUCCUAGAAACCUGUUCUUAUAUUAAAAAGCAUAAAACAGAGGGAAGGGGUUUGUAAAUGGUCAGGACACUACUAAAACAUGAGACUGAGUACUCAAACAGAAUUUCAACAUUAGAUUUUCAAAUUGUUAUAUGGUCUUGGGGUGGGAAAGAAAGUUUGGGGGAGAGAGAAAGAAGGAAAGAAAGUUGGGAGAGUGAGAGAUUAGGAAUGGGUGAGAGUGGUGUGUAGGGGAUGAACUUUGGGGUGGACAAUAUACACCUCCCAGGUCUGUGCUGAACCAAUACUCAAUGUUGUAAGUCUUUUGUAUAGCAUUCCUUAGUACAAGUUCAUCUUAAUGGAUGCUUUGGACAGAAUUUAUUUUAUUAUUAUUUUUUUUAAUUUCCAUCAACGAUUUGUGUACUCUAAGCCUAGUUCCAUUACUAUUGUUAUGUAAAAACCUACCCUAUUUAUUUCAGUGUUGCAAUGUAUUGACUCCAGCUGUCCAAGCAUUCAUUAAGAUAACCAUUGUACACAUAUUGUAACAUUCUUUUUAAUUAUUGAAUGAUUUUAAACCAAAGAUGUUUUCAUUAUAGUAUUGUUUGUAGAACCUCAGGCAUGUAUAAAGACCCUUGUGUCUUAAGUCAUUUGCGUUGUUAGUCCCCACCUUGAUUUUAAAGAAGAAAGUUUUUUUCAUAGUGCUCACAUAUCUUCUGCUCAGAUUAAGAUAUUUUCAAAAAAUUAAAAUAACAAAUGAUGUAGAAUGGCAAAAUCUAUCUAUAUCUCCUUUAAAAUUCUAAGAAACUUUGGAAAAGAAUGAGUGGCUUUAAUUAAGUGUAGUUCUUGUUCCAGUUUUAUUUCCUCUUUUUGUUCUGUAAAAUUUAUAAAGAAAAAAAAAAGAUUUUUUUCUAAAUAUCAGGGUAGAAACUGUUAGAAAUCCUUCUGUGGCAUGGGUUCAUGGUUAGUAUGAAACCCUGGAGCCAGUUUUGAUUAACUACAAACUUCAGUUUCUCAGUGUUUUUGUUGUCCAGCAUUUCAUUAUUAUGUACAAAACUUCAAUAAAAAACACAUUUUUUUUAUAACUUUCAUAAUUAUAUACAAUUUUGGUCAUGUGUAUGCAGUUAAAAAAAACUUUAUCAUCAAAAUCCGUAUUUACCUUACAUGUUGAGAAUUAUUUUCUGAUAUUGAAAUCAACAAAAUUCCUGAUAUUAAAUUCUUUAUUUAAACAUACCAUAAUAUGUUUUUUGAGUACUGUAAGUUAAGGCCAGUCUUGAGUGAUUGAAGAAAUGGCAGGUUAGCGAUGACAAGUAGCUGUGAUAGUACCACAGUGAACCCUACACUGCCUUUGCUGUCAAAACUUUUUGUCAGUUUUUUGUCUUGUUAUAUUUACAUUGAUUCUUUAACAUGUGCCCUUCAUUGAGCCCCAGCCUGCCAUGCCAUACUAUGGCAGAAUGUCCCUGCUUUACCAAAUAAUACACACUUCAGUGACUUUCAUUACCUCAGUAUAUAGGGCACACCAUGUGGCAGGCCUGGGGCCCAAGACGGGGUGAUUUGCCUGUGAUAGGCCUUUGAAAGGUGUAUAAUACUCAACUAAGAUGUAAAUGGUAGAUAAAUAUUGCCCUUCUUACUGUGUUCAGGCCCCACAGAGAGGGGGUAAUGUAUGUGUAAACUACCACAUACACAAAUAAUGAAUAAAAUGAAAGAAAUGAACUUA